AUGGAGAAGUGGCUAAGACAGAGAUUAGGCUUAGUUGAAGAUAACUCGCCAGCUGCAGCCCAGCUAAUCGGAUUGGCUUCCAUGCGUUUAUGUGGUCUGAUCCUUGCGGCAAUUGGUUGGAUCCUGUGCAUUACUGCAACAGGAGCUGACGAAUGGAGAGUGUGGCAUACAACUAAUGUGCCUGGCAUCAGCACCGGAAAGCUCUGGGUUGGGAUCUGGAGAGUCUGUUUCAUGGUAGAUCUUCAUGAUGGCGAGCCUAUGAAGAUGCAUUGCCUGGAAUUCCUGGAGCAAUAUGGGACCCUUCCAAAGGAAAUUUUUAUUGCACAGGACUUGAUGUCUUUAGCUAGUGUUGUAUUGGCCUUAGCUGUAGCUUUUAUGUCUUUUGCUUUGUGGAAUGUUUUGAAAAAUGUAAGACAGAAACAUGUUUUGCUUAUUUUUUUCAGGGUUGGAGGUGUUCUAACUUUAUUGUCUGGUCUCAUCAUUCUUCUCCCACUUUUGUGGAAUAUGUAUUCUGUACUAGCAAAUGAUGGGAUUGAGUUCCCCUAUCCUUUUCAUUUGCCUUAUCUUCCAUAUGAGCAGACUGUUGGCUUUGCCAUAUAUGUGGGUUUUUUUGCUUCAGGAUUCCUGAUGUCAAGUUCAUUCUUUAUUCUCAGUAAGAAAUAUCAGGUUACGUCCAAUAUAGUGCAUCCUAUCAUCAUGGUCACUCCAAAGCCAUCGACCAGUACCAAUGACACGGAAAUCUGUCCCCAUUGUGGAUCAUCUGUAUCAGUUGAUAAAAUCUUAUCUGAAGAACAGCAUUUUAAUGGUUAAAGGGCAUAUAUGCAAGGGUGUUGAUAUUUUAAA